AUGGAGUGGUAUGAGGUGUGCAACUCCAUUGGUACCGGUCUUGAAAACAGUAUAGAUGUGGAGAAUAUGAGAAAGAUCUUGUCCUUUAGCUAUUAUGAUCUACCAUCCCAUUUGAGGACUUGCUUACUAUAUUUAUGUGUGUUUCCAGAAGAUUAUAAAAUUGAAAAAGAUCGUUUGAUAUGGAUGUGGAUAGCUGAAGGCUUUAUCCAAUGUGACAAACAAGGAAGGUGCUUAUUUGAACUUGGAGAGAGUUACUUUGAUGAUCUUAUACAAAGAAGUAUGAUCCAACCCAUAUAUGAUGUGUAUGCUGAUAUGAUAUAUGAAUGUUGGGUACAUGAUAUGGUGCUCGAUCUUAUUUGUCACUUGUCCAGUGAAGAAAACUUUGUAACUAUAUUAAAUCAUAUGGAUCAUGGAUCUCCAUCACAUUUAAUUCUGAGGUUGCCCAUUCAAGAUGCAAAUGAAGAACAUGCUGUGACUUCGGCCACUAGGACCUUGCAACAGGUAAGGUAUCUAGGACUAAGAGGAACAAACAUUCACCAUGUUCCUGAAGAAAUUGAAAAGCUACGAUUUCUACAAACAUUGGAUGUGAGGAACAACCCAAUCUGUGACCUGCCAUCGACAGUUGUUCAGCUCAGACAUUUGAUGCGCCUGUUCUUCGACGGGUUUGCGAGAGUGCCGAAGGGGAUUGGAAACCUAGCAAGCCUUCAACAUCUGUUCUAUCUAUUGAUUGAAGAUGCCACUGUUUACAUUUUAGAAGACUUGGACCAGCUAACAGAACUGAGGCUGCUCCAUGUUAUUUUCUUCAGUGAAUGGAGUGACAAGCUAGUGAGCUGCCUACACAAGCUGCAAAAGAUACAACAUCUAUGCAUCGAUGUCUGCAUUGCUCAAUGGAGCAUCGGUGGAUUGGAUGCCUGGGUCGCCCCUCGACAUCUCCGUAGUUUGGAUACCAAAAAGAGCUGCUGGUUCUCAGCACUACUAGCUUGGAUGAAACCGUCGCUUCUCCUGGACCUCUCCUCUGUAUCCAUCGCUGUGAGGGAGCUACCCAAUGCCGAUCUUGAUAUUCUUGGUAGGUUUCCAGCUCUCCGCCAUCUAGAUGUUCUGGUGGACCAUGAGGAUCUUGGAAUCUUUAGGGGAUUUGUCGUUGGGUCUGGUUCAUUCCCAUGCUUGGUAUACUUCGAGUUCGAAGGAUUUGUGAGGCCUGUGGUGUUUCAGCAAGGAGCUAUGCCGAGGCUCAGAACCUUUCGCACCCAGUUCUCUGUGCUAGAGGCAAGAAAAAACAUGAGCAGCGAUGGUGAUGUCGACUUGGGCCUGGGAAAUCUGCCAUCGCUCCAGGAGAUCAUGCUUUGGUUGGAUUGUAAAGGCGCUAGAGAGGAGGAGGUGAAGGGAUUGAAGGCUUUGCUGUGGCAUGCCACUAAAACCCAUCCCAAUCAUCCCAGCCUUCAAAUAAAUGGCCACGCUGAAAAUGAAGAUGACGAAUAA